AUGGAUUUUUCUUCUAACAGUAUAUUACCCACUUUCCAAAUAUUCCAUCCUUCUGGAAUCAUCGGAUCGAUAGGCAACGAUGCCUCAAUUUGGAAGAUCCUGUUGACAGUUCUUGUCGUAGCUGUUGUAUAUGACCAGUUAAAAUACAUCAUGUUGAAGGGUUCAAUCGCUGGUCCAUCAUGGAAAAUCCCAUUCAUGGGGCCAUUUCUGGAGUCCAUGGACCCAAAAUUCGACGCUUAUAUGGCCAAGUGGAGGAGCGGCGAGCUGAGUUGCGUGUCCAUUUUCCACAAGUUUGUCGUCAUCGCUUCGACGCGCGAGAUGUCGUCCAGGAUCUUCAACUCUCCUAUGUUCGUGAAGCCCUGUGUCGUCGACUCUGCACAUAAGCUUCUAGGAAAGGACAAUUGGGUAUUUUUAGAUGGGAAAGACCAUGUUGAGUUUCGCAAAGGCUUGAAUCUCCUCUUUACACGCUCUGCCCUGGCUAGCUAUCUCCCGCGUCAAGAAGAGGUGUUUGAUGAGUAUAUCGAGCGUUUCGUCACACGGUCGGCAGCCAACAAGUAUAAGCCACUUCCUUGGAUGCCUGAAUUUCGCAAGCUCAUGUGCACUGUAUCCUGUCGCACAUUUGUCGGGCAUUACAUCUCCGAUAGUGCGCUGGACAAGAUCGCCCACGACUACUACCUUAUCACUGCUGCUCUUGAACUGGUCAACUUCCCCAUUAUCCUUCCAUUCACAAAAAGCUGGUACGGCAAAAUGGCAGCCGACCUUAUCCUUCGAGAAUUUACCCAAUGUGCUGCCAAAAGCAAAUUACACGUGGCCAGUGGUGGUGAGAUCACCUGUAUUAUGGAUGCCUGGGUGAAAGCCCAACAAGACUCGGCAACAUACUGGAAGAACAUGGCCGCAGGGAUUCCAUGUGAGAAGCCGGUUCAGUUGCUGCGUGAAUUUACCAAUUACGAGAUUGCACAAACCGUCUUUACCCUCCUAUUUGCAUCGCAAGACGCUAACAGUGCUGCCACUACCUGGCUCUUUCAGCUUAUGGCUGACCGUCCUGAAAUAUUAAACAGGCUCCGCGAAGAGAAUCUACAGGCCCGUAACGGCGAUCGUGAUGCGCGGUUAACCAUGGACCUGUUCGAGAGACUACCAUAUACGCGCGCAGUAGUGCGAGAGACCCUGCGCUACCGCCCACCAGUGAUACUGGUCCCGUACAUGGCGAAGAAGGACUUCCCAAUUACCGAGAACUACACGGUUAGAAAGGGAUCGAUGGUUCUACCGUCUGUAUGGCCAGCUACUCAUGACCCCGAAGUCUACCCGAAUCCCGAUUCAUUCGAUCCGGAUCGGUGGAUCACCGGGACAGCUGAACAGCAUCCGAAGAACUUUCUAGUAUUUGGAACUGGACCGCAUCAUUGUUUAGGACAGACCUAUGCCCAGAUGAAUCUAAUGGCCAUGAUCGGGAAAGCCAGCCUGGCGUUGGACUGGGAGCACCAUACUACGCCGGAGUCAGAAGAUAUAAAGGUUUUCGCUACGAUAUUUCCAAAGGAUGACUGCCUUCUUACCUUCCGUCGCCGAACUUAG